CUGGAACAGAGUCAUCUCUCGCUGCUCUCUCCACCUCGCUGGCGGCCAUGAUCAACGGCAAGGACAUCUACGAUGUGCUGGCGGCGGUGGUUCCGCUGUACGUGGCCAUGAUCUUGGCCUACGGCUCCGUCCGGUGGUGGAACAUCUUCACUCCCAACCAGUGCUCCGGCAUCAACCGGUUCGUCGCCGUCUUCGCCGUCCCCCUGCUGUCCUUCCACUUCAUCUCCAUCAACAAUAUCUACGCCAUGAACUUCCACUUCAUCGCCGCCGACUCCCUUCAGAAGCUCGUCAUCCUCCUCGCCCUCUUCCUCUGGCACAACCUCCUCCCGAGCCGCUUCCUCCGCCCCGGCAGCGCUGGCGGCGGCCUUGAUUGGAGCAUCACCCUUUUCUCCCUCGCCACCCUCCCCAAUACCCUCGUCAUGGGCAUCCCCCUCCUCAGCGCCAUGUACGGCGAGUUCUCCGGCGGCCUCAUGGUUCAGAUCGUGGUGAUGCAGAGCGUGGUGUGGUACACGCUCAUGCUCUUCCUCUUCGAGUACCGCGGCGCGAAGGCGCUCAUCGCAGAGCAGUUUCCGGCCGACAUCGCCGGAUCCAUCACCUCCUUCCGCGUCGACUCCGACGUGAUUUCGCUGAACGGCCGGGAGCUGCUGCAGACCGACACCGAGAUCGGCCGCGACGGGAAGCUCCACGUCGUCGUCCGCCGCUCGAGCUCCUCCAUCGUCGCCGCGCGCUCCGCCGCCGCCGCCGCCGCUGCCGCGUCGUCGCAGAACAACUACAACAACCGGUCCGCGGCGUCCGCCGGCAUGACGCCGCGCGCCUCCAACCUCACCGGCGUCGAGAUCUACUCGCUGCAGUCGUCGCGCGAGCCCACGCCGCGCGCCUCCAGCUUCAACCAGACCGACUUCUACGCCAUGUUCUCCAGCAAGGUCACCAGCCCGCGCGCCGCCGCCGCCGCCCCCGAGGACGACCAACAAAAGCCGCCCGCCGGCGGCGGGAAGCACAACAUGAGCAGGAGCCGGAGCGGAGACUUCUUCAGCUCCGCCGCCGCGUACCCUGCUCCCAACCCUGUCCUCUCCGGAAUCACCAACAACGGCACCACCGGCGUUUCCGGCGGAAAAAGGAACAACAAAGAAAGCGGCACCGCCACGCCCCACAACGCCAGCAACAACAAAGAGCUCCACAUGUUCGUCUGGAGCUCCAGCGCUUCCCCCGGAUCGGAGGCGAAUCUAAGGAACGCCGUGAACAGAGCAGCCUCCGGCGGCAUCAUGGACCCUUCCAAAAUCGCCGCCCGCUUCCAAGAAAUCCCAACUCCCAAAGGCGACGUGGACGUAGAAGACGGCCUGAAGGCCGGCAAGUUCCCAGCGAACGGAUCACCGUACGUGGCGGCGCCGAAGAAAGCGGCGGCGGAGCCUGGGCUGGUGGAGGGCGGCCACCGGAUGCCUCCGGCGAGCGUGAUGACGAGGCUCAUCCUCAUCAUGGUGUGGCGGAAGCUGAUCAGGAACCCCAACACCUACUCCAGCCUCCUCGGCCUCAUCUGGUCGCUCGUCUCCUUCAGGUGGAACAUCGAGAUGCCGACGAUAAUCAAGGGAUCGAUAUCGAUCCUGUCGGACGCAGGAUUGGGAAUGGCCAUGUUCAGUUUAGGAUUGUUCAUGGCAUUGCAACCGAAGAUCAUUGCGUGCGGGAAUGCGGUGGCGGCGUUCUCGAUGGCGGUGAGGUUCCUAACGGGACCGGCGGUGAUCGCAGCCACCGCCAUCGCCGUCGGGCUCCGAGGAGUUCUGCUCCAUGUCGCCAUCGUGCAGGCAGCUCUUCCUCAAGGCAUUGUUCCAUUUGUAUUUGCCAAGGAGUACAAUUGCCAUGCUGACAUCCUUAGCACUGCGGUUAUCUUUGGCAUGCUAAUUGCCCUCCCCAUCACCAUCCUCUACUACGUUCUUCUCGGAGUAUAGAGAGCUUAAUUAUAGCUUCGAGAGAGGAAAGGAAGUGACAGUGAUUAAUUGAUUAAUUAAUUAAGGUAGUCCUGAUUAAUUAAUUUGAUUAGGAUUUAAUUUGCUCGAUUAUUAUUAGUGUGAGAGCUGAUGAUGCAUGCAUGUGAGGAGUAUUAGAAUAUAUAUUAAUAUAUAAACCUUGU